GGCUGAAUUCUGUCUGGGAAGGAGGACUGUUGUUUCUAAUGAAGAAAGCUCCACCCUCGGCCACUGCCACAGCUGCCCUGCCAAUAAACAAGGCAAAGCAUUUUCCCUCUUUGUGGAUUUCCAACAUGGAUGCUUUUCAGGGGAUUUUUAAAUUUUUCCUUAACCAGAAAACUGUUAUUGGCUACAGCUUCAUGGCUUUGCUGACAGUGGGGGGUGAGCGUCUCUUUUCACUUGUGGCUUUUAAGUGUCCCUGCAGCAAGGAGAAUAUGGUCUAUGGGCUGGUUUUCCUUUUGGCUCCUGCUUGGGUGUUACUGAUCCUGGGAUUCUUUGUGAACAACAAGUCAUGGAGACUCUUCACAGGUUGCUGUGUGAAUCCCAGGAAAAUCUUCCCCAAAGGCCACGGCUGUCACUUCUUCUAUAUCCUCGGCCAGAUCACUCUCAACUCAUUGGUGGCUCCAAUGAUGUGGCUUUCUGUGGCUUUGCUCAAUGGUACUUUUUAUGAAUGUGCCAUGAGCGGGACAAAAAGUUCAAGAAUCCUGGGACUGAUUUGCAAGGACAAGCCCAAAGAGUGCUGGGAAGAACUUCACAAAGUCUCUUGUGGCAAAACCAGCAUGCCAUCAACGGACAGUGAAGAACUGAAGUUGUCCCUUCAAGCCCAGUCUCAGAUUCUAGGAUGGUGCCUGAUUUGUUCAGCAUCUUUCUUCUCUCUACUCACCAUUUGUUACGCUCGCUGCCGGUCGAAAGUUAGCUACCUUCAGCUGAAUUUUUGGAAGAUGUACACCCAAAGGGAGAAGGAGCAGUUAGAAAAUACAUUCCAGGACUAUGCCAACAAGCUGAGUGAGAGGAACCUGAAGUGCUUUUUUGAAAACAAGAGGCCCGAGGACUUCCCCAUGCCCACCUUUGCAGCCUGGGAAGCUGCUUCAGGGCUGCACUCUUUCAACCAGACCAAGCAACACUACAGCACCCUCCACAAGGUGGUGGAGGAUGGUCUGGAACUUGGACCUGAGGACAACGAGAUGACAACGGUGCUUAUGGGUACUGCCCAACAGAUGUAGCUCACCCACCAUCACUGUCUUAAGCUGUGGGAGUGGUGCGCUCGUUCUGAGAUCUCCCUGCUGCUUCGACGGCAACCUGCACAUCUCUGUGUUUUCUCACAUUUGGUGUUUCUUUACAAGACAAUGACACAAAGGGAAACAGCCUUGAAGCUCCCAAGCGCAGACAGGAUCAGGGAUGGUGACAAAGGUGCUUUUGCAAUUGUGAGGGGGUUAGGUUCAGUGGCCCCUAAGAUCCCUUCAAAUUCUAAGAUUUUAUGAUUCGACAGUGAGAUGCAUGCAAGAGGGUCUGCUGCUCUCAGGUAAUCUUGGUCCUGGCAUCUGGGGGCAGAAAGGGAUACUUAUGAAAGAGGGAAUUACCCUUAACAUAGGGUGCCCUACAUGGUGGGAUCCGCGGUGUGGCUGGCAGGUGUCUUUGUCCUAUAAUUUGUCUGACUGUCUUUUCAAGGAUAUAUGAAAUUCCACAAUUUGAAAUGCUUUCCCUUGGAAUCUGAAGACCUCAAUUCUGAAAACUAACCAUCUGAAAGGAGAUUAUGUCUAAAAUUCAGAGCUUUGCAUGGCCACAUUGUGACUUUCCUGGACUUUCAGCACAUUUGCCCUUGUGGGCCCCUUUCUGCAUUAAAACAAAGCAAAAGAAAACAACAACAAAAAAAACUAUGUUCACAAAUGCACUGAUAUAAAGAUGAACAUAUUAAUACUAUAUAUUAAAAUGUUUUAUUCACCCUAAAAGUACAUUUAUUUUCUUCUGACUUAGUUUACUGCAUUUAAAUUAAUAGCAAAUAAAAACAUUUUUAUGGGACCAUAAAAUUAUCAUGGGUGAUAGGCAUGGAACUUGCUGUGCCUAAUAGAUAGGUUGGCUCUGACUGGAGGUCUGGGGACACUGUUCAAAGCAGGGCUGGUAUAAAACAUUUUUGCAGUUUCACCUUUGCCAGAAAUAAUGCAAAUUUUGUAUGUUACUAUGUAAUAUAUCCAUGUUAGCUUAAAUACACACAACCCAUAAUUAAAAA